AUGGGUUAUUUAAGACAAUUUCCUCAGGCGGCUAAUAUGAAGAAAAUGGUGUGGUCCCGUCAGUUGGCAGAUAUAGCGCAGCGUUGGGCAGAUCAGUGCUAUCCAGUAAUUAUGCCAGACAAAGAGGACGAGUGUAGAGAUUUGGAGACAGCAAGUAUCGGCCAAAAUAUAGCAACUGUAACCGGCUUAACAAGUAAAGUCAACGUACGAAAUUUCGUAGACAUGUGGUACAUGGAGUCAUUGGCUUAUAAGGGAAAUGUUGCGUUCUACAAUAAUUCGUCCACAGAUAGAAAAUGUAAUUAUUUUACGCAGUUAAUUUGGGCAACAACAGAUGAGAUACAGAGGAAAGGUAUACAACUGGUCGAUAGACUUAUUUGCAACUUCUCACCUAAGGGCAAUACACAGGGAAGACCCAUCUAUGUUAUCGGUUUACCAGCUACUCAAUGUGACGAAGGAAUGGUGACAGAUAGUGUUUACCCAGGAUUAUGCUCGGCUGAUAAGGAUUCCCCUUCACCAUCCAGUUUACUGAGAAUUGUAAAUGGAAUUACGAGUGAAAUAGAUCCUAUACAUAAUAACAAUUUACCAAAGCAUAACUUAGUCAGAAACCAAAAGAUGCGCAAGCAUGACAUUUCAGUUUUAAAAAGGGAUAACAACAAUAUACGAUGGAGUCCAACAAGUAAUUUUCAAACCAAUGACGGUAGUUUUCGUCAAGGCGAAAGAGAUCAUUCAAGGCUCGACCAUGGUCAUACUGAUCACUUUGAUUAUCUUCACCCACACGGAACUACUCACUAUCGUAGAUUUGAGACUACCACCUCUAUAAAUGAGAAUCCUAAUGGCGUUUAUAGACAGAUACACGAUCAACAAUGUACUCGAAAAUCACAGGGUAGUAAUUAUUUUAGAUCGUCAACAUGCUAUCCAGACUUCAUACAGUCUAAAAAGUGCACAAGAGGACUAAAUAAUGAUUAUAGUAAAGUGAAACACGAGUGUGACAUCACGACUAAACAUUCAGUAUGUGAAACCUCGCAAAAUUUAUGCGAAUGUAGUACACUAAAAGCUUCGUGCCCAACUAACCCUCCACCAUGUUUACAAAAUAACAACUGCGGCUGCACUAGAACAGACUCGACUGUAAAUAUUUGCUCAAUGAUUCGGAAUUUCCAAAGUGAAGGCUCUAAUGAGAAAAUUUCUAUCCGUGAUAACUCUCAUCCUUAUGCGGGGUUUCCGCGAGGAGACAAUGAAUCGGUUCUAAAAAGGAAUUAUGACUAUGCGAGUCUGAGAGACGAACCAAAACGAUUUUCUUUUCCUAAAAGAAAAAUACGACGAGAUUUCAGGAACAGAAGACGAAGAGAUUCAGAACUGUCAACGUUCAAACCAUUUUGGGAAGAAGAUGAAUUCAAUAACCGUCAAUAUCAGCUGAAGUCUAUGAGAUAUACUACCAUAUCAGGCUUAAGAUCACGAAAAAAGAAGCCGAUUAAAACAUCUAAUAAUCAAAGAAACUCGAAAGUGACUGAACCUAUAACUAUUUCAGUAAACAGUAGUAACCAAAAACAUGUUACUGAAAAAUAUUUAUCGUUUGAUGAAUUAUUGCGUUUGAGAAAGAUAACUGCAGGUGAAAUGAAUGCUCGACGUGCUGAUUCACCCGUAAGUAGUGAGGAAUCAACAGUUCCAGAAUCUAGUACAACAGAGUACACCGCCAAUACUCCUUUUAUACGCUUGAAACAUUGCACCCGAAAACUAACUUGUACUUGGACAGCUGCGUCUUUGGGUGAUAACGAAGGUAAUGCAGAUAUAGGAAACAGAGGGUCUCGAACGCCUCCAGGCUAUGUUGAAGGUUGUACUCGUACAUCAACGUGCACCCGUGAUUACAUGAAUCGAAACAAAAUGGACACCAUACCCACUUCUAGUACUGAGGCGGAUACACCUGAGAAUAACGAUGAAGAUUAUUGUGAAAAGCGAUCGUUAAAUGUGAGACGCAGAAACUUGAAUGUAAAUGAACCAAAAGUAAAUAAUGACGCAUUUUUGCUUUAUGAGUCUAAUAAAGAAAAAGGUACUGAUGAUUCAGAAGAUGAGGAUCCUACUGAUAUUUUACUUGUUUGGUUAUGA